AUGCCGACCGACCGCGACGAAAUGGACCUGGACGAGCCCGUCCAGCCAUCCUCCUCCGACAAGAACGACAAGUCCAAGACCCCCGCGGACGUCAGCUCCGCCAAACUCGCCAUGAUGCAGACCCACAACAAGGCGACCGCCGUGCGCUCUAUCGAGGGCUGGAUCAUCAUGGUGACCAACGUACACGAGGAGGCCGACGAGGAGGCCAUCCAGGACAAGUUCGGCGAGUUUGGUGAGAUCAGGAAUAUCCAUCUGAAUUUGGAUCGGAGGACUGGUUAUGUUAAGGGCUACGCCUUGAUCGAGUAUGCCACGCUCGAGGAGGCUCGCGCGGCCAUUGACGGUGCACAUAAUACGCAGCUGCUGGACCAGACGAUUCAGGUUGAUUUUGCGUUUGUGCGGCCGCCGCCGGGUAAGGCUGCCGGCGGGCCGAGGUCAGGCGGCGGAGGGGCUAGCUCUGGGAGGGGAGCUGGGCGUGGAGGGAGGAGUGGGAGGAGUAGGAGUCGCAGUCCGGGGAGGGAUGAUUGA